ACGUCAACCAAUCUAGGUUUCGCUCCAUAGCCCGUUAUGGUUACCUUUUCCACUUCCAAUUUUCCGCGGGUGCUGAACAAGGAAGCACCGUUGGAACUUGGAACUACCUACCUACUACCUACUACGUAUCAACUCGCACAAGCUCUGAGAAAGUGGUGCACAAAUUUCAAAGAGCAACCCACCCUUGGGUGGACGGACCAACAAAAGGCGAAUAUUCUCUAAGAAUAUCCGAACAACUGAGAAUAAAAAAAAACAUCAUCAAUCAUCAUCGCCAAAAAAAGAAACCGUGUGAAGUGUAACUAAUAACUCCAAUAUUUAAGGUCUGCUUGGACCAGGCAAGCAUUUGAUACAGGUCAAAGGCGACUGAAGAUUGCAAGAUUCCCUCAUACCAACCAUGUCUUCAAGGAAUCGGAAAGAUCGUAGCUACAAGGAGGUUCGCCGAACCAUCGUCAAAAACCAGCGAAAGAAGCACAAAGACACAUACCAAGAGGAAAGUUAUGUCGAUUCCUAUCGUAGUGUGGCCGUUCAUUUGUCCGGAAGUGACUUGAAGAACACCAUGAAACCCACGGGAAUGCCGUCUCACUUCAAAUUGGAAGUCACCAAUGAUGGCGUGGACGACGCCAUGUACUUGAAGCAAGCGGAACAUCUCAUGAAACGAGGGGUCUAUGGACCAGCUCUGAUGUAUCUAGAAACCGCCCUCUUGUACAAUCCUAUCUCUAAGUAUACUCAAGCGACACGGGCCAAGUGUUAUCUGUUGAUGGGUCGAUGGAACGAAGCCUGCCACUCGGCCGAGGCCGUCCUCGAGGACGACAAGACUUAUGUCAAGGCACUUUUGGUCAAGGCCGAGGCCCUCUAUAACACAUGUGACUUUGAACAUGCUUUGGUGCUCUUCCAUCGGGGACAGGUAUUAUCUCCGGAGACGGAGGAAUUUCGCUUGGGGAUACAGAAAUGUAGGAAAACCAUUCAAUGCAGUGUGGGGCCAGAGUUCGACUUCAGACCUAACGGCGUUGAGACCAUGUACGAGAGCAUUCAGAAGGCUUGUGAAGUGGAGAGCAGUAUGAAUGCGGCUGAAUUCUUGACGGAAAAGCAACGCCUCAAAAUGGUCCAGAGCCACCAAGAGAGCUUUGAUUGCGAUGGCCGAUCAGAUACCAACAUUCAAAGUGUUGCCAAGCAAAAAAAGUCCAAAAAAGUCGACAGACUUUUCGAAGAUAAGGAGUACCUUAGUCGUUUGGCCUCAGGAAUUGGUGAUCCAGAAGGUGGAAAACCUCGGGGAAGUGUCACCAACAAAAUCUCAAGCACUGCUCGUGAAGCUUUGACGUUUUUGGAGGCUCGUGUUGAGUUCUGGAAGCAAGUGGAACUUGGGCCCAAAUCUCGUGUUAUGACCAAAUGAACUUGUUUUCAAAAUAUUAAUUUUGUCACGCUGAAUACAG